UUGAUCUUGAUAUUUUUUUCCUAAGGAAGAGCUCACUAAGCGAGUCUGAUUCAUCUUGAACGUAUAUAAAGCCCCAACAUGUCGACCAAAUAAAAAAAAUUGUGAAUAUGCUGGACGAGAGAGAAAUGCUGGUGCAGAUUUGUGCUGGUCUGGGGUUGGACCGUAGAGCAAAAGAAGUAUUUGGUGGAGAGCUGCAGUGGUUUGCGAUUGCCAUAGGUUUCAUAGAGAAGGCUGAAACUUAUAUGUUGGACGAUAGCCGUUUGUUGAAAUGUGGAGAAGUGACAACAAUGUCUGAUCUUCCAGAUGAUUUGGCAGAAGAGAUAUUGUCUAGGGUUCCGUUGACAUCCCUAAGUGCAGUGCGUUCCACUUGCAGAAAGUGGAAUGAUUUAUCCAAAAACCAGGUUUUUGGUAAGUCAGCAUCAACAGGAAGGAAGCAUUUUCUAGGGUUCAUGCUGAAAGAUUAUAAGGUUUGUUCGAUGAAGUUUGAUCUCCAAGGAAUUGGAAACGAAGUAGACUUCGUUGAUCCAUCUAUAAAGGAAGUCAGUAUACUUGACCAAGUAGAAAUCACUCAGGUCUUUCACUGUGGAGGUUUAUUGCUAUGUGUCACCAAGUACAGGUCGAGACUUUUGGUGUGGAAUCCUUAUUUGGGGCAAACAAGGUGGAUCCAACCAAGAAACACUUUCCGAAGUGAAGACAGAUAUGCUGUUGGAUAUGACAAGAACCGUAACUACAAAAUCUUGAGGGUUUUUGGCAAGUAUGACACCAAAGGUGAAUUUGGAAGCGUCGACAAAUACCUGAUUUUUGGGUACGAAAUAUACGAUUUGAGCUCUAAUUCGUGGAAGGUCUUCAAUGUCAAGCUCGACAGGAAAAUACAUUAUUAUCAACGAGGCGUGUCCUUGAACUUCAAACCUGUGAAUGUUGGAAAGGCUCUGGAUCAUGGAAAACUCAACAAAUUUGGAUUUUUGAUCUCUGAUUUAUGUCGUCCACUUGUGUGCUCUUAUGUUCCAAGGUCAGUUCAACUGCAAGUGCAGCCGGGUAAUUGGAAAGAAGGCGAUGAUUAAUCAGUUCCAUUUUCAACAAUUGACUGUCAAAUGUUAGUUUGUCUUUUGGUAUAUAUCAUCCAUCUAUAAUUUAACCCAAAUUUUUAUUUGUUUUAAGUUAAGUGGUACAUUAUUUCUAAGUUUUUCUCAAUUGUUAUAAUUUUAACAUAUGGUAUAUUUUUCCCAAAAUCAACAUGUAUUAAACCAAUAUCGUACAUUUAGUAUUGCAUGUUUUUCACUUACGAAAAAAGUAAUUGACUCAUGUUGUUCAGCCUGUGGACUGCAUUACGCUCAUUGUACCCUCUCUCAACUCAGGUACUUUUCUAGCCACACCUUGUGUUGGCUUUUAUGGUUUUCUGAUCCUCUGUAUGUUGAUUCUUGCUGUCUCUCUUCGAAACUCUGGGGAUUGUGCAAGUGGUCAUAGAAAAUCGCAUUCUGAAGCACUACCAGAGAUUAAGAGUGAUCUCAUUGACACUUGUUCCCAAAUGAUUCUCAAGCUUCAUGAUAUCUAUGAUCGCAAUAAGGUUGGCUCUAUAAGCAGGCAUGUUUAGCUAUAGUGAUCCUGCCUGUAGUAGCAUCACAUCUUUCUUUUUUUUUUUGGUUAUGUGUGAUUACUUUGAAGAUAAAUGUCAAGAUUAGGGGUGUUAUUGGUUACAUAAGUCGAACACUACAAGAAAAGUUGAUUUUAGCCACAAUUUUCUUUUUGUUUUUUCUUUUGUAGCUAUAUCCAAAAAUAUACCAAUACCCACAAAUGGCCGCAAAAGGGCUAGCUAUACUUUUUUAGAAUAUUAUAAGAUGAAGUAGAAAUGAAAAAUUCCAUAAUAUAGAUAAGAUUUCAGAAAUAUCAUUUAUUGAGUUAGAAAACAUAUUUUAAAUAUUUGAAUAGUUGCUAAAAAUAUGGUCGAAGUGAUUUUAUUAUAAGAUUUUGAAGAAAUAUUCGCCUCUUGUUCUUUUCCAAAUAUUUGUAGGAUGUCUAGUUACCAAAUUCAACCUUUUAAUAGUAUUGAUUUAAAUUCUUGAAGACUAUUACCAAAUUCAACAUAUGGUUCCUGAUAUGGUGUUUUUCACAUCGUUGUACAUACAUUUUCAAUUGGUUUUCAGCCCUAACUUGUGUAUGUUUAGUCCUUUCUGAGUCAUUUCAGGUUUGGAGUAGGUAGAAGAGUAGAAAAGGAUGCAUGAAGAAAGAUGCCAUUUUAGAGUGUUUUCACGCGGAACAUCCAGGCGGAGCGGUCCGAAGAUUGUUCCCACAACGGACAGCCGAGUGACUGUUCCCAACAAAUAGGAAACCUCCAUGAUAUUUUGAGAUUUUUACCCUAGCUACACUAUUUUCCCUCUAACCUAUCGACACCUCCAUAUAAAAAGCCUAUAUAUCCUAUCUAUUUUAUGGACUACGCUAGUUUUAGAAGACAAGUUUAUUUUUGGAUUUGAACUUUGUAAGGGCGACGGCUUCAUCUUUCUCAUCGAGAAGAAUAACCUGAACCCUAGUUUAUUUCUUCUCAAUCAUAUCAUGUGUAUUUCAGUUUCAUCUUCUGUUAUUCCUUGCAUCAUGAUUGAGUAGUCGACUGUUAAUCUAGGGUGAUAGAGUGCAUAUCGCAACUGAGCAUAAAUAGGUUAUUGUUUAACAAGUCUUCAUUCAUUCAUUGUUUAAUGCUUACGCUAAACUGAUCAUCUAGCGUUUGAUCCUAGGUUAACUUGUGCAUCAAAAGUGUCAUAGGUUGCUAGAUAUUGCAUGAAUGAGCAUUGUGUCCUUGACCAUGCGAAAUUAGAUGUUAAGGCGCAUUGUGAACAGAUCAGACUUGUUUAAUAAGUUUCAUCAUCGGAUCUCAGACCAAGCGACAUCUUAGGCGCUGAGUCUGAUUGGUGAAAGGAACAGCUACACGAUAGUUUGUUGUUCUAACCAAGUGAUCCGAGUUCUAGAUCGUACUGAAUCGAACCUGAAUAGUUGCUUGGUUGCGGUUAUUCGCACUCGUUACUCACUCUAGAUUAGCUCUUUUUAAAUUGAAUCCAUCACUUAAGUUGUUACUUGUUUCCUACGUCAUUCUUAAACUCAAAACUCAUAAUUGUUUUUAGCUUAAUAUUGAACUCACAAGAGUAAAGUGUAAACUGAUCCUCUGGAUUGAAUCUCAAAUAUUAAAAUCAACAGUUAAACUUCACAGUAGCAAAUAUUCAUUUUUAGUGUAUCAGUUCCCUUUUUCAAAUAUUUGUAAUAUUCAUUACCAAAUUUGACUGUUUUAAUUUUGAUUUCAAACUUGAGUAAUAUUUAAAAACAGUUUCGUUAUAUAUAUACUAUUAACUAAAGAGAAACUUUCUGAAAAAUCUAUUAAAAUAAAGUUGUUGCAUCCUUUCACUUGACUAAAAAUAUUUUGGUCUUACCUUAAAUUUCGACUAACAAUAUGUUACCAUAUAUUUAUCUAAGAACAAUUUAAUCAUUUUAAUAGGUGAUAUAACUAAAUUUCCUAAAUUUUCUUACAUCUUCUUUAAAUAAAAAUAAACUUUAAUUUUUUUUAAUAUGAAUCAAAGCCCAGUCAUCAUAUGUCUUUUAAAUCUUUUACGAACUUCCAUGAAAUUUGUAGUCUUACUUCCUGGUUCUUUGAGAUUUGAUGUUUGGAAAAAUAUGUUGAUCUCCUCCAUCUUCCAGCUUUUCCUUUCAUAUUCUUUUUCUUUUUUCUUUUACAUUAAAAAUUAUAAAGGCUAUAUGGUUGUUGGUUGUUAAUGUAAACCAUAAUUCUAAUAAACUUAAAAACACUCAUAUUAGUUUGCAUUUAACCAACCUGCAAUUAAUAUUAGAAGAAACCCACAAAUUAAAAAUAAUAGGUACAAAACCUAUAUUAUUAUACAUCACCUAAAAUAUCUAUACUAAAUAUAUCAAUCAAUAAACUAUUAAAGAAUCAUAAAUUAAAUAGUCUAUUUAAAUUUAUGUGCUAAAGUAUAUCAAAAACUGAAUCAUAUUUUUAAAUAUUACUCCAUUCGUUCCCGAAAGUAAGAUUUUCUAGAUUUUAUUCUUGUUCCACAAAAAUAGAUUUUCUAUAUUUUUAAGAUACUUUUGUAUACUUUUGAGAAACAUUAAUUAUGAAUAUUUGAAUUGGUUAUAUUUUAUUGGUGGAUAGUUAUUGGAAAGUGUAUUGAAAAGUGAAUUGUAGAUUAAAUUGUAAACAUUUAUUAUAUUCUUAAUAAACGUGAAAACUUUAGAAAAUCUUACUUUCAGGAACAGAUGGAGUAUUUAUAUAGGGUUUAAUCGUGUCAACAAUUAUCGGAUCGCGGGUUAGUGACAAGUUUUCUGAUUUUUACUGGGUUUUAUCUGGUUUUUUCAGUAUUAUAUUUUAACUGAAUCUGUACAGGAUUAUAUACGGAUCACCAGAUUUGCCCGUUCGAUCUCAUGUCUGGGUCAUGAAAACACUGCAAAAAAUAAUUAUAACCCAUAAAAAUCUAUACUAUUAAAUUAGCCCAAAUUCACCAAGUAAAUCUUACAUCUAACCACUUCAACAAGUAUAACUCUUAUAAAAUGCACUUAAAAUACGAAUAUAACAUUUUUUACAUAAUAGUGUAUAUACAAAAUCUCAAAUAAACUAAGUGAUAAAUUAUAUAAUUUUAAGUAAAACAUUUUUCGAUAUACAAUUUUUUGAAACUUAAUAAUGUAUAUCCCAAUAAAAUCACUAAUUUAUAUCAAAUAUUUUAUUAACUGGUUGUUUUCGUAAUGUAUAAAAUAAUUUUCUUAUGAACUACAUGUUAAAAGAUUAAUGUAGUUGAGAUAUUAUGUAGAAAAAUAUAUUAAUGGAACGCAUUAAUAUUUGCAUUUACUGGAUUAAUUAUUUUUUGUUUAAAGUUUGUUGUAUAAUUAUGAGAAUAUUCAUGGAUUGUUUAUGGCUCAAUGUUUAAUAGGUACGGAAUGUGUAUCAUUACUCAAAAGCUAACCUGAUAUAUAUGACCGUACUAAAUUCGUAAUAAGUAUAUAUGAUGUUUGGUUAUCUAAGUAUAAAAUAUGUGCACUGUAAUAUGAUACUAGAUUUCUGACCCCCGCUAAAAAAGCGCGGGUUCUAUUUUGUUUGUUUUAUCUACAAAUAGAUCGAUAAGUCUUUUGUUUUGAUUAUAUAAAAUGUCACAUGAUCAAGUUUCAAUUAUGUGGGUCUUCUAUUUGUUACUUAAUUAUAUAAAAAUAGCGGGUAUAUGAAUUGUUGAUUAUUUCUAUAAAUUAUACAUAAUUCAUAUGAUUUGAUUAUAUAGAAUAAGAAACUUUAUAGUUUGUACAGUAUGAAGAAAUGUUUUUUUUAGAAUGUCUCACAAAACCGUUUUAUGUUUGUAAAUAAGUUAAACAAUGGUUGUAUUUCUAAACAUAUAAAGAGGUCGUCAUUUUGUAGAGAUGAAAGGGAUAUUGCAGUAUUGUGAACGAAGGACAACUUGUAUACAUGAUCGGUAGAUUUGUACGUACUACCGUCUGUGGUGACCGAGAAGUUUUCAAUAUUCCUCCAGGAUCCAACAGGAACUUGAUCCUCCAACUCAUCAAGGUAAGUUUUCUUACAUGAAGCAUGUAUUUUAGUUCCCUGAAAAGAUGUCAACAGCGAAAAUAUUAGAUUAUAGUCUUAGGAAAUAGGAUCAUGGAAGAAUGAUUCAUCGUUUAAGAAGCUUACAUGUGCAUCAGACAAAAUGAGUUCAAGGGAUUCCCCAACUCCUGGAACGUAUGCUUUCCACGAAUGAAGAACUUUGAAUUAAAUACGCCAUUUGUUCUUGAACGGCCUAAUCUCGUCUAAAAAGCGAAGGUUCAUAAAA